GUACAAAAAGGGCUUAUCUAUGUCUUGUCACCUAAACAAAAUGACCUGAAUCAUUGAGUUCCUCUGAUGUAAGUGUCCUGGGCCUGUAACCCUAGCCAUGUUGGAGAGCACCUGUGUAACAUUUCAUGAUCUACAGCUUAGUACUCAAGUGGGACCAGUGGAUGAGCUUAAAAUGAGUUCACGCUCCCGCUCAUCCCGUGAGCGUCACAAAGGAGGUCACACCCACUGCGACUCCUGCUACAUGCGCCGCUGCAGAGCCCGGGUCGAGCCCUCUGUCUGCUGUCCGCUCAGUACCUGUCGCCUCCUGUGUGGGGCGCUCUUCCACCUGUGUAAAGAGGAGGACCACCUACUGCUCUGUCCCAAUGUCCGUGUCCCAUGUAUCAAUGCUGAGUUCGGUUGCCCCCUCCAAAUGUCUCGUUCAUCCAGGGCACAGCACCUCCAGUACUGCCCUGCCAGUGUGGUCUCCUGCUCCAUGGAGUGGAACAGAUGGCCUGCUCAAGAUGCUCAUUCACACCAAACUACAGAGCUACAUGAAAAUCUAAUGAGUGAAGGGGCCAAAGGAGAAUGUUUGGAUUUAGCGAUGGCUCUGAAGGAUCAGGAUAGGCUUUUUCACUCCUUAAAAAUGAAAAAACUCUUUCCAGAACUGACCGAACGAGUGGAGAAGGAAGAUGAAGAGGAGGAGAAGAAAAGGCAGAAAGAAAAACUCAAAAAGGCUGCACUGUUAAAAGAAGCAGCAUUAAAGCCAACAACAUGGCAAUCUUUUGACAAGUAUAUUAUACAUGACUCGAGAGUCUACAAUGAGAAAGACUAUGAUGAUGAAGAAGAAGAGGAGGAUAUUUUGGAGGAGUUGUUGGAGGUUGCUCCAGAGCGAGAACUAACCCAAGCAGAGAGAGAGGCUCUGGCUUUCCAGGAAGGAGUCAAGCCAGAGCUUUUGGAGAGCUACAAUGCCUGGGAGCGCAUGUUCAGUAUGGAGAUGGGCGGGUGCAGAGAGGCAGGUGCAGCAUCUGGGACAGCAAAAGGGAAGAGUUUGGGUACUGUAUCAGAAGAGGAUGAGUCCAAUGAGGGGUGUUCAGGGGCAGCAGCAGCUGUGAAUAAACAGACUACUGCUUCUGGUCAAGCUGCUACAUGUCCCACGGUGAAAAAGAAGCAAUUCACUUACGGACGAAUAGAGCCUAUGAAGAUUAUUACAGUGCGCACGUUCAAAAUUCCAACCAGUUUUGAAGCCAGGUCCAGUCGAAUCAGAAACCCUUGGUUCAAAAGAAGAGAGAAUAAAGCAGUAGACACCAGCGAUCUCGAGGUGGCGCUGCAGGACAUGCCUGUGUGGGAGGAGAUACAGGCUUCGCUGCUUUGCUCUCUGGAGAGGGAACAGCGUGGUCACAUGAUCGCCGAGCGUUUGUGCACAGACGCUCUGCUCACGGACGAAGGCACACAGACGUACCACUUCCUGUCUACUCCGUUCCCCAGUGAUGCGAAUCUUUGGGACCUGUCCCAGACCAAAGCUUCGGAGCUGCAUCUGCAGCUGCAAGUGGAAAGCGUGACCAGCCGCCACCACAAGGCCAGCUCCGCUUUCACCUUCCUCUGUGGACAGAGCUUCCAGCGCCGCGAGUACGGCCUGCACUACAAGAACAUCCACAGUGACAUCCACAUGUGUGUAAAUGGUUGGUUUGAGCAGCGCUGUCCUUUGGCAUAUCUGGGCUGUACCUACAGUCAGAGGAGGUUUCGCCCAACAACCUAUGAUGCCACUAUCAACUACAAUGUAGAACUGGGUUGCUUCAGCCUCCACCCAUUGUCUCUCCUGUCCCAGGACAAUAACAGCACUCAGGAUGUUUCCAAUUCUCAUCAGAGCGCCCUCCAGAGGAGAGGGCAUCACACUGCAGGGGGACAGGAUGCUCUGAGCUCCCUGCCCUACGAGGUGCUGUGUCACGUAGCCAGUUUCCUGGACAGUCUGUCUCUGUCUCAGCUCGCCCUGGUGUCUCGCCUCAUGAGACAGGUGUGCUCCUCUCAGCUGCAGGACAAGGGCAUGGUUACCCUACACUGGGACAGGAAGACAUACUCCAAUGGGACAGCAAAGUGGAGAGUGGCACAUAAGAUUUGGGAGUUCAGCACCUUCUUCACUCCAGUGGACUCCUGGAGUUACCGUGACGUCCCACCGCUGUCGGAGCACCUCAGAAUGUGCCCAUACUACAAGACAGAGCCGAGGGCCGAGAGGGUUUUACUGCCCAAAAUCAGAGAACAGCUCCACAAUGACACCAACUGUAAAAGGCCCACUCUGGUUAGCCUUUUCAAGAACAAUAAACUCAUCAUGUAGAGAAUGAAGGGAGGAUUUCUUUUCAUUAGAAAUGCUAAUUAUGAAAGUAUAUAUAAAAUAAAUUAUACAAAGUAUUG